AUGUUCACAGGUCUGGUCGAGACGAUUGGAGUCGUCACGGCCCUGGAGCCCCUCGACACCUCGACAAGCGGGGGCGGGGGCACAUCGCUCACCAUCUCCGACUGCGAGGCGAUCCUCUCCGACGCGCAUCUGGGCGACAGUAUUAGUGUCAAUGGGACAUGCCUUACGGUCACCGAAUUCGACAAGACCUGGUUCAAGGUCGGCGUCGCACCAGAGACACUACGGCGCACAAAUCUUGGAUCCCUACAGACGAAUUCUCGCGUCAACCUCGAGCGCGCCGUCUCCGCGGAUACCCGCAUGGGCGGGCACUUUGUGCAGGGCCAUGUCGAUACCGUCGCCAAGAUCCUGUCCGUCACGCCGGACGGGAACUCGUUGGUGUUUCGGCUGCAGCCGCGCGACAGAGCGGUUCUGCGCUAUGUCGUUGAGAAAGGCUACGUCACGCUGGAUGGUGCUAGCUUGACUGUUACCAAGGUGGUGGACGGGGAGGACGGAUACUGGGAAGUCAUGCUCAUUGCCUACACCCAGGAGAAGGUCGUCACGGCAUCCAAGAAGGCUGGAGAGGAGGUCAACGUGGAGAUUGACAUCGUGGGUAAGUAUGUCGAGAAGAGUGUACAGGGCUAUUUUGCUGGCACGGCUGGGGGAGACUUUACUGUCUUGGAAAAGAUGGUGUCUCGCAUCGUUGAAGAGAAGCUCAAGAAAUAG